CGGCAGCUUGUUCUAGUGCCUUCAAGAAUCUCUACACUCCUGUAGCUUUUUCCUAGUAGCCAGAAGAGGAAGAGAGGCAUGGGGAAGAGGCGAGUAGGGAUCGGAAUGGAUUACUCUCCGACGAGCAAGGCGGCGCUCAGGUGGGCGGCGGAGAACCUCGUGGAGGAAGGUGACCAGAUGAUAUUGAUCCAUGUACAGCCUCCCAAAUCCGAUCAUACCAGGAAGCAGCUAUUUGAAGACACCGGAUCACCUUUGAUUCCCCUUGAGGAGUUCAGAGAGAUCAACUUCUCGAAGCAGUAUGGACUGACUCAUGAUCCUGAGGUUCUUGAUGUGCUUGAUACGGUUUCUAGGACUAAAGGGGCGAAAGUGGUGGCAAAAGUUUACUGGGGCGAUCCGAGGGAGAAGUUGUGCGAUGCGGUGGAAGAUCUCAAGCUCGAUUCACUCGUUGUCGGGAGCAGAGGCUUGGGCAGUAUCAAAAGGGUUUUGCUUGGCAGUGUCAGCAAUUAUGUAGUGACAAGCGCACCAUGCCCGGUCACUGUGGUCAAGGGAGCAUCAUGUUCCAAAUUCUGAAAGGCCUACCAGUUGUCUCCUUCUUACCAUGCUUGAAGAAGUUGCUCUUGUAAUGAUGAUCCACCAUGAAAAGCUUUGCUUUGUACUUCAGAAGACUUGGUUCUGUGCAGUGAGUUUUGCUGUUA